GUAUGCAGAAACGACCUGAGAAGCUGGCGAAAGCUUUGAAAGGCGUAAAUUCGAUUCUGGUGCAGUGCAAAGUGACUGUCCUUUCUUCUGAAGACUUCAGCUGUUUCCGGGAGAAGCACUGGAAGUACUUGUUCUCGCAUCUGACUGUGGACGCUGGCUGCCUUUCUGCUGUCGUCGCUCACCGCGAGGCGAGCGCCUGGCUGACAUCCUGGUGGUUGGAAAUGAGCAAAGCAACAUCAGAGCCUCUGAGCUGGAUGUCCUGGGUGUCAGAAUUCGCAGGCAAGCGCGAACCAGAUGCCCAUGGAGACACCGACCCACAGCUGCAGCUCCUGAACGUGCUGGAAGAUGCCUUCCCCAAAGCUGUGGAGGCGGUGUCCUAUGACUACUUGCAGGAGGUGAACUGCAGUAUGGCAGCCUACAUCGUUUGCAACGUCACUCUUCAUAAGUCAGGACCAGCCUGGACGACGUGCAAGAAUAAGGUCAAUCGCAAGGCUUCUGUCUCGCACAAUAAGUCUCCACCACGCGCGGCAGUCGAUGUCGUGGACCUGGCACGUGAACUUUACCAAGCCAAGCAGGCAUUGGAGGCUACCGAAUGCGAUGUUCCCUGGGCAAAGUACACGAAGACAACUGCGGUAAAUUUGGUUCCAAGUGCCAAAGCAGUAAUAAAUGUCGCACAGCUGCUACCGCAGAUCUGCGAGGGUUUUGACGCAUUGUUCGUAUCAGAGGCAGAUGAUUGGUUUGCGCGCACGGGUGCGCAGAGACCAAGCUCGCAGCCCAAGCUUCAAUGCAGUAUAGAUCUCAAGAAGCUGAAAGCCCCGCACUGGCGAGUGAUCGACAAACUCUUGCCUGAUUGCAAGUGA